GAAUCAGUGCCGUUCUUCUCACGGCCCAUAGUGCAGCUGGCACGGGACUACAUUCACCAGCACAUGCCCCACCCAUACGCAUGCCUGCACCUGCGCGCCAAUGAGGCCUCUUUUGUGAAGAAGCGGAAUGUCACGCUCAGCAACGCUGAGCAAUCACUCCGGGAGAUUCUGAAGCAGAGGGACCAGCAUGUUACUGUGGGAGCAGCAGCCCCGUCCGCCAACCUGCACCUCUUCCUAAUGACAGAUGUACACCAGGAAGUGUGGUCUGAGCUGCUGCUGCCGCGCCUGGCGCGCCUGCCUGUGCCAGUGCAGGUGCACACACUCGCGCCGUUCAAGCAGCGCCUACUGGCCCUCUCAAUGCGUCUGCGCGGCUACGGCAUCGGUAUACGGGCGAACCGAUUCUUCCAAAAG